AAGAAGCUUUUUUUUAAGUUACAAAUACAGACGUACCCCUUGUUUCAAAAGAACACAACCGGCGCACACAUGGAGGAGAAGAAGAAGAAGACACUACCGUCUCUUCCUGAAGAACUGAUAAUCCAAAUCCUCCUCAGGUUACCGGUGAAGUUUCUUAUUCGUUUCAAGUGCGUUUGUAAGUCAUGGUUUUCUCUUAUCUCAGAUCCCCAUUUUACAAAUUCACAUUUUCAACUUUCCGCCGCAACUCCCACUCGUAGAGUUCUGUUCAUAGUACAAUCUCAGUAUGUUGAAACUGAAUCUAUAGAUUUAGAAGCAUCACUUAAUAGUGAUUCUUCUUCUACUUCACUGUACCUUAAUUUUAUGUUUUCCGAAUCUGGUUAUGAACUUGAAAUUAAAGGUUCAUGUAGAGGGUUUAUACUUUUGCACGGUUAUUUCAACAUCUACCUUUGGAAUCCAUCCACUGGGAUUCACAAAAAAUUACCUUUGUCUCGUUAUGGUUGCACUUGCAGUACAUAUACAUAUAAUAGAAAUUAUUUCUAUGGUUUUGGGUAUGACCACUUAACAGAUGAUUACUUGCUAGUUUCAUUGUCCCAAGAUCCAAAGUUAGCUAAUACUAAACAUUUUGAGUUUUUCUCAUUGAGAGCUAAUAAGUGGAAAGAAAUUGAGGGUGACUUCCCUUAUUGCAAUGCCUCUGAUGACCCCAAAAGAGUAGGGACGCUUUUUAAUGGGGCUAUUUAUUGGUACGGUUUUCGUCAUGAUUUACGAUAUGAUGUUAUUGUUGCCUUUGAUUUAAUGGAAAGGAAGCUUUUAGAGAUGGGUUUGCCGGAUGAUGCUGAUUUUGAAACUAAAGAUUGUGAUGUAUGGGUAUUUGGAGACUUUCUCAGUCUAUGGGCUAUGGGUAAUGAUAAUACAACUGAAAUAUGGGUGAUGAAAGAAUACAAAGUGCAUUCGUCUUGGACUAAAAUUCUUGUUCUGUCUAUCAAUUGCAAUUACAUUGACACCGACUACUUUUCUUUAAUAUGUUCGACCAAAAGUGGUGAUAUUAUUGGAUCACAGGGUGGUACUAGAUUGGUGAAGUAUAAUGAUAGAGGAGAGUUGCUAGAGCAUCUCUCCUAUUCUUACAGUCCACAUGGAUUUCAAGCAGCUAUGUAUACAGAAUCGUUGCUUUCACUCCCUGCUGAUAGUGAGCAAGCUUAAGAAGAUGACACAAACAAGAAGAAUGAGGUUGUGAAAUAUAUCCUCCUUCACUAUGCUCUUGAAAUUUAUCUGGUAUUAUGAAUUAUUAGGUAGCUUCUUUUGUAGGGUAAUAUGUGUUUGACUGCAUUUGUAAUGAGUCCAGUAUGCUACAUGAGCGGAUGUAAUAUGUCAUGAAUUGCUUACUGGUAAAACAUAUGUAUUAUGUUUAUUGAAAAUGUUUAACAGCCUUGUUUUGUGA